AUGAUCCUCCAGUCCUCUGGGUUGGGCCUCUGGUGCUGGUCCUCUGGGGGUGGGCCUCUGGGGUGGGCCUCUGGUGCUGGUCCUCUGGUGCUGGUCCUCUGGGGUGGGCCUCUGGUGCUGGUCCUCUGGUGCUGGUCCUCUGGUGCUGGUCCACUGGUGCUGGUCCUCUGGUGCUGGUCCUCUGGGUUGGGCCUCUGGGGUGGGCCUCUGGUGCUGGUCCUCUGGUGCUGGUCCUCUGGUGCUGGUCCUCUGGGGUGGGCCUCUGGGGUGGGCCUCUAUGGUGGGCCUCUGGGGUGGGCCUCUGGGGUGGGCCUCUGGGUUGGGCCUCUGGGUUGGGCCUCUGGGGUGGGCCUCUGGGUUGGGCCUCUGGGGUGGGCCUCUAUGGUGGGCCUCUAUGGUGGGCCUCUGGGGUGGGCCUCUGGGGUGGGCCUCUAUGGUGGGCCUCUGGGUUGGGCCUCUGGGGUGGGCCUCUGGGUUGGGCCUCUAUGGUGGGCCUCUGGGGUGGGCCUCUAUGGUGGGCCUCUGGGGUGGGCCUCUGGGUUGGGCCUCUGGGGUGGGCCUCUAUGGUGGGCCUCUGGGGUGGGCCUCUGGGUUGGGCCUCUGGGUUGGGCCUCUGGGGUGGGCCUCUAUGGUGGGCCUCUGGGGUGGGCCUCUGGGGUGGGCCUCUGGGUUGGGCCUCUGGGUUGGGCCUCUGGGUUGGGCCUCUGGGUUGGGCCUCUGGGGUGGGCCUCUAUGGUGGGCCUCUGGGGUGGGCCUCUGGGGUGGGCCUCUAUGGUGGGCCUCUGGGGUGGGCCUCUGGGGUGGGCCUCUGGGGUGGGCCUCUAUGGUGGGCCUCUAUGGUGGGCCUCUGGGGUGGGCCUCUGGGGUGGGCCUCUAUGGUGGGCCUCUGGGUUGGGCCUCUGGGGUGGGCCUCUGGGUUGGGCCUCUAUGGUGGGCCUCUGGUGUGGGCCUCUGGGUUGGGCCUCCUUAGAAGAUGACCCAACCGUGUCCUUGACCACUGUCUCUUGA